GUUACCACCCACCACAAAUUGCCUCAGGUGUGUUGCUGAUUGUUGAGGUCGGAGUGAAAGGCUGUGAGUAGCUGCAGCUCUUCUCCCUGAUGUGACCCCCCCCCCACACACACACACACACACACAUCUUUUCUUGAUUUUACUUCUGCUCACUUCAACUGUCUGUCAACCAUUUUUGCCUCACGUGACUGAUGAGUUGGUCGCACUCAUGUAACCGUGAAGAAAAAAUGUAUACAGCACUUAACCUCUCAACCUCUGACGAGUCCAACCUGUCCGGUGUUGACCCCCAGAGACUGCAGGAGCUGACGCACCGGUCCGUCAAAGUAAGCAUAAUAAUCGUUCUCGGCGUGAUGAUCACUUUGGGAAACGUUGCAGUUCUCCUGGUUAUUACUUCCUCCGUGGCCGGUUGGUCAAGAAACUCUCGCUACUUUCUCCUCUCUCUCACUGCUGCAGACUCUGCGUUUGGACUGCUGGUCAUGCCCCUGAAUCUCUGGGUGAGUCUGCUAAAGGACUACACUGACGGGCCAGACGCCCUCUGUCACGUCGUGGCCUUUUGCAAUGCCACCGUUUACUCCACCUGCAUGUAUACGCUGGCUACAAUAAGCCUGGAGAGGUACAUAGCAGUGUUUUACCCGCUGCAAUACUCAUCCCUGAUGACUAGAAAAAGGACACUGCUCCUGAUUGCCUUCGCCUGGUGCUUCCCUCCCUUUUUGCUGUCGCCGAUAUCUUUCCCAGAUGGCAUUAUCGAGGUUCAUUUUUCCACUGCAUCGCUGGUCUGCAAUCCCUCCUACUCCACAAAUGUUGGAUACUCCCUAACUUUGACGUGUUUUAUAUUUUUCCCCUGCUCCAUCAUCAUGACAUACGCAAACCUGCGAGUGUGGUGCGUUGCCAAGAGGCAGCGACUGAAACUGCGCAAAUACAACCGUGCGCGUCGCAACAGACACAAUGUGGCCUCCAGAGUGCUUUUGCCCGUGAUGGCAGCCUACUACACCUGCUGGACGCCCUGCAUGGCAGCUCUGAUCUACAAUGUAGUCUCAGGUAGCAGCGUGCCAGAGUGGAUUGAGUUUGUGGUGGUAUGGCUGCCGACUUCCAAUGGUUUCCUCAACUGCAUCUUCUACUUCUGGAUAAACCGGAGCUUCCGCAGGAAAUUCUACCUCGUCCUCCAGAGGCUGACUAUGGCCCUUUGCCCCGAACUGGCUGACACCCUUGCAUGCUGCAGCAUUUCAAAGACACAGUUUGUGUCAGGAGUUCAGGAUAAUAACAACACUGUCCAUGAACGAUCUUCCAGUGUAUCCUCCACCUGCACCCUGUUGACCUUAGCUUAGGAUAUCUGCACUUGAAGAGCAUCACUGGGAUGGUAAAAUACCUGGUCAGUGACCUCUGUAUGGUCCUAUAUUGUCUGGCUGGGCUGGUCAACUGAAGCCAAGUUACUGAUAUAUUCUUACAGAAGGUAUCAAGGGUAAGAAGUAGAGUAAUGGUUCACAUGGCUCACAAUGUAAAUCGUUUGAUACAAAGGCUAUGAUGGGAAAUAUUUAAAAUAAUCACUGUACGGUCUCUAAUUUGAAUUAUAUUGAUUUAUUGUAUAUUUUUCUUUAUUUUUUUAUCCAUUUUCACUCUAAGAAUAGUGUUCAGUUAACACAGGCUUCAUUUCUAACUUAUUUGGAUUUUUUUAUUUUACUCAUGUACACAGUGUUGCCAAGAUUUGCUUUACUGUCAGAGAUGGCCUCUUAAACCACCUUUUAGUUGUUUUAUAGUUAGCCAUCAACCUCGUCUGUGUCCCAGAAAUUCCUACCAUUAUUCAGCAUACAGCUAUAUAAUCAGUCUUUUAAUAGUGUGAGCUGUUGUGUAUUAAGACUCGUCACUUUCCACAAUUUAAACUGUGUCGAAGACCUUGGCAUAUAACAGCUGGGAGACGUUAACCUUUAAGUCACAUCAUAUCAGUGUAUGGAAGGAGAAAAGUAAUUAAGCCUCUACAUUGUAGAAAGGUCACCACAUUUGUGCUGGCAACAGAUAACUUGGGUAACUUCUGAGGCUGUGGUUGUUUAUUUGGAAAUAUUAAGCCCAUGAUCUUCCUCUUAGUAUCAUCUACUACAGAAUGGAUUCAAUUUGGCAAUCCCCAUGUAACCUUUUCUGAAUAGUUUACUGUCAUGUUGAAGGAUGAUUUAGAUUUAAAGUUGAUCAAAAGUAUAAUUUUCCAGACACAUUCAAAAGAAACAGAAAUUCAAAAUCGUUUAUGCAAGUUAUAAAGAAUGAACAAAUAAUGUUUGAUAAUGUAUUGGUUUUUGGAUCUGUGAAAUAAAGUAUUAUGCCUUUGAA